GAAGGCCAGCAGUUGGCUGUCAUCCAAUUGAGUUUACAUUCUUAUUCAAGUUUUCUUGAGCGGAGUUUAUUUUGCCGUUUUAGUGAUGAACGGAUGUCUGUCCUGUGGUGUUUUGACGUACCUGUGGUGCUGGCUGGAGGAUCUGUCCUGGCGUCUGCAGGACAGCAAUCUUCUCAAGCUGAUCCUUGCCUUCUGCGUGGCCCUACUGGUGCUGCUUAAUGUACACACGGCGUUCGCCAUGGCUAACAGCUGUGAAGGGGGAUCGCAAGAGGAAUCUGAGGAAGUUGGUGAGGAUCAUCCGGAAGAAGCCCCCACUGAGUUGAACUGCACCCGUCGCGGUUCGCCGGAAAACUACAACUACGGUUGGGACCGGGGUCCUCAUACCUGGAAUGCCCCUGGCAACAAUCAGAGCCCCAUCAAUAUAGAGCGGAACUGUGUGGAGCUCAACUACUUCGAUGCACCUCUGAUUUGGUCAAAUUAUAAUGACAUUCCCUUGGGCAUCCGCCUGGAGAACAACGGUCACACUCUGAUCCUUCGAGCUGCUUUUCCCGGCCGACCGCCCUCCAUCGAUGGGGGGGAUCUGCUGGGUCGCUUUGACUUCCGCGAGAUCUCCUUCCGCUGGAGCUGGACCAACUCUUCCGGCUCGGAGCACACCGUGGACCAUCACCACAGUCCGCUGGAGAUGCAGUGCCUCCACACAGAUGCCGUUGGCAGCGGCUGCUCCUCCAGCCAGGGCAUCCUGAUGAUUUCCUACAUGUUCGACUUCUCCGAUGACAAUCCCUUCCUCGACGUCCUGGUGCAGCACCUCGCUGCUGUCCAGCAGGCGGGUCAGGUGGUGGAAGUACCGCCCUUUCCGCUGAGCUACCUGAUGCCAGCCUUCUACGACAAGUUCUACAGCUACAAUGGAUCGCUAACCGAGCCCCCGUGUCAUCGGGGGGCGGAGUGGCUGAUGCAUCCCGUGCCCUUGGCCAUCAGCGAGCGCCAGCUGAAUGAGUUCCGCCAGCUGAAGGACAUCCAUGGAUCGAGGAUCGCGCGCAAUGCUCGUCCUGUUCAGCCGCUGGAGGAUCGAACGGUCUACCUUAAUCGAUUCCGCACCGGGUUUUAGGCAUGAUUAGGUAUUUGUAAGCGAAAUUAAAUAAAAUGGUGUAUUUUAAUAUUAUUA